AUGGAGUUCUCAUUCUCCAGUGGCAACUACUAUGACACAGAGGACUCGUUUUCUGAAGACAGUUUAAACCUUCCCCUCUCUGAUGGCUAUGCCCCUUGUGAGGACACCAUUUCCUGUGAGGAUACAACCUUCCAGGAAGAAAUAACUUUCAAUGUGGACUUUUCAGUGCAGCUGCUAGUGACUAACGAACAUAGAGGGGGCAUGGAAAGUGAGAGUUCACCCAUAAACAGACAAGGUCAAAUUCAAGACAAUCCCGAGCCUGUUUUGAUGCAAAGCAAUGCCCUGCCCUGGGAAGAGCAUGAUGCUAUGUUAGCAAAUGAAGACUACAUAGUACAAAGUCUGCUGAAUAACCUUCACAACUAUCUACAAAAUCUAAAUGAUGAAGAAAAUCAGACAGAUGACAAUGAACAUCAAACAGACGGAAAUGAAAAUAAGAGAGAUGACAAUCAGAAUGAGAAAAAUGAACAAAUACUGGAAAAUGACAAAGUUGAGGACUCUGUGUUCCUAGAACCAUCAGAUGGACGUGAUUUGCAGCCAGGCAGCAGCUCCCCUCCACUCGUAGCUCACAUUAGUCAUAGAGAACACAGUACCUGUCAAUACUUGCCCAAGCACAAACUAUUGGAGAAUAAAGAUGUUGACCAGCUCCCAGAGAUGACUCCAAUGCUCAAGGGACAGAAUCUUGAAAAGGUGGUGAACCAGGCAAUGGGCAACAAAAGCUCAGAGACCCGCUGGACCUCAUCUGUGCAGCCAGAGGAGAAGAACAUGUCUUCCAGCACACAAAUCACACACUGUGUGAACUUUAGACGCAUGUUCCGCUGGAUGAGGAAGCAAGUAUGCUGCUGUGUAAGAAGAAAGUCUAAGCAGAUUACUCAGAGCCCCUGCCAGUAG